UGCCGACAAAUUUAGGAGUUUGUUAUGUAUCCAUCUUCUUUAGUUUCCAAAGAGAAAACUUAAAAUUAUUCAAACAAGAGUGAGUGAGAUACAGGAAAAGUGAACACGGAUUUACACGGAUUUAAGUCUUUUUUAAAAUAAAAGUUCAGAGAAUACGGAAAGCUUGCAUCAAAUAAAAGUUCAGAGAAUACGGAAAGCUUCACAUCAAAUAAGAGCCUCCAAAUUAAGACACUUCCACAAUGGAAUCCACAAUGCAACCAUCUGAUUCAUUUGUGAUAGGAGUGGUGCUGCUCUGUUUGUGUUGGACUGUUAGUGCGGCCCCCACAUACCAUGACUACUGUGUGAUAGGCGCCGGACCCGCGGGCUUACAAAUUGGAUACUUCCUGCAAAGGUCACAGAGAAAUUACGUUAUCUUCGAGAAAUCAAAUUCUGGAGGUUCAUUUUUCACCAAAUAUCCCAUUCAUCGGAAGUUGAUUAGCAUCAAUAAGAUCUACACAGGGAAAAUAAACAAAGAAUACAACCUUCGUCAUGACUGGAACUCACUUCUUAGUGACGAUGAUCGCAUGCUCUUCAAGCAUUUUUCACGUCAAAUGUUCCCGUCGGCAGAUGUCAUGGUCACGUACCUGCAAUCAUUUGCUGACCAUUUUAACCUAACCAUUCACUACAACACGGAAAUAUCAGACAUACAUUCCGUAUAUGGAGACAACACUACUAAGAUCAGUAUGAAGGACCAACACGACAAUCAAUACGUAUGUAGAAUUGCUAUUGUUGCCACUGGAAUAUGGCAGCCCCGCAUCCCCGAUAUCCCUGGACAGGAACUUAUGGACGGUUACGAGAGUUUGUCACUGAACGCAUCGGACUACGAGGGCAAAUCCGUUAUGAUUCUGGGUCGUGGGAACUCUGCUUUUGAAACCGCCACUGCCAUCUAUGACAAAACGAACUUCGUCCACAUGGUCGGUCGACACCGCAUCCGUCUGGCCUGGGAGACUCAUUAUGUGGGCGAUCUCAGGGCUGUAAACAACGAGCUGUUGGACACCUAUCAGUUGAAAUCCUUGGAUGGUCUUCUAGAGUAUGAUAUAAACGAUUACAAGGUUGUUAAGGAGGGGGAAAAGUUGUACCUACGGGAGAACCAUGCCCUGGGCCAACAGUGGACGGAGUAUGACAAUGACCCGCUCCUCACCCCAUACGAUAUGAUCAUCCGCUGCCUUGGGUUCAAAUUUGAUCCGUCGAUCUUUAGAAAAAUUUCAGACGUCGCGGCAAGGCCAUCACAGAAGUAUCCAGUAAUAGAUUACGAUUACCGAUCCUCUGUUGUGGAUGGUAUUUACUUCACAGGAGCAAUAGCACACUCUUUGGACUUCAGACAAUCGGCAGGGGGGUUCAUUCACGGCUUCCGUUACUCCGCACGCAUUCUUUCAAAGAUUCUAAACUGGCGUUACCAUCAAGAGAUAUGGCCGUCAGAAAUUCUCCCAGUCUACAACCUGUCGUCUGCCAUUAUCAAAAGAGUGAACGAGGCUUCAGGACUCUAUCAAAUGUUCACAUAUCUGGGAGAUGUCGUUCUGGUAGACAAAGAUGGAAUGUGUGAGUAUGUUGAGGAAUAUCCAGUAAAGCUGAUACAUAAGUUUGGUGAAGUAACAGGAAUUAAAACAGCAAACAGAAUGGUUCUGGUGGUGGUUUUACAAUACGGUGAGGGGUUUCACGGACCGGAAGAAGACGUGUUCCGAGUGGACAGAGCCGCCACUGAUCCGGAAUUUGCAGAUUAUUCCAAUUUCUUACAUCCUGUCAUUCAUUACUUUUCAGAAGUUCCAAAAGAGGAAGACAUAAAGAGAAGAAAGCGAGGGCAGCCAUUACCUCCUGCAGAAAGGAUUCACCAUGUUCUGGAGGAUUUCUCGGCUAACUGGGACAGACCCCACGCCCACAUCAAACCUCUCAACAAGUUCCUACAACGUAUACUGAAAACCAGCAAUAAAUGCAGAUCACCAACAAACAGUUUCUCAAAGUACUUGGCCUUAACAGAACCUUUAAACACACAAUCUUGUGUUGUUUCUUAAGUUAGGAUUGAAUUUAUUAAAACAACUGAUAACAUUAAAAAGGAGGGCUGUAGAUGUUUUGAUUUUCAAUGAUGCACCCUUCUUGAUAUACGGAGUCUGUACAUUUGGAUUGGAGCACCACAUUUCUCUGACAUCCUAAAAACCACAGCGUCGGUUAUAUUGAGAGUGUUUUUGUUUUUUUAAUUGGGGAGUUGCAGCCAUUGGUGGGAUUCUAAAUCCUGUUAUAUAUUAAUAGUACUGGUUUACUGUUGUAAAUAAAUACUUUACGAAGAU